GUUUUAAAAAUGUCAAACUGGUACAAAACACAUGGAACAUACAUAUUGAAAAGAAAAUAGACAGUACGACAAUAGACGCACGACCAAAAAGAGUUUCAAAAAAACUUGAAUGUUAUUGUUUUCGAGAGAUAGAUAAAUAAAUUGCACGAUGCCGGCUAGUAAAUUGUUCCAUCGACAUCGUUCGUUGGGUUUAAUAUGUAAUCAUGUGCCGGCAACGGUUCGUUUUGCAACACGACGUCAAGAGAACAUAAUCAUAACGAGUGUUGGACGAGUAUUUCAUGUCUACAGUGCCAAUCAUUUUCGUUUGAUUUGUGUAAGCGGUUUGCAUCCGGAUGAUAUAACAUGUAUUACAUCUGAUAAUCGGUUUGUAUAUACAAGUGCUGGUGAAAAGAUAUUUGCAUGGCGUGCCGGUAAUAUUGUUCGUCAUCGUUUCAAUGGUCAUGAAAAGAAAGUGCAUUUGUUAUUGCCAUUUGGUGUACAACAUCUUGUCUCAAUCGACACCGAUAGUUUGCUAAAAGUAUGGAAUGUUCAAGAUGAAACGGAAUUUUGUGAGAUUCCAUUUAAUAAUAAUGAAUUUAAAAUUACGGCCAUUUGUCAUCCACCGACAUAUAUCAAUAAAAUAUUGCUGGGCAGCGAACAAGGCGUACUACAAUUGUGGAAUAUUAAAAAAUGCGCAUUGGUGCACACAUUUCAAUCAUUUGAUUCGAAAAUCAUGAUCAUUCAAUCGGCACCAGCCAUCGAUGUGGUUGCUGUUGGUUUGGCCGAUGGCGGAAUUAUACUAUUGAAUUUAAAAUACGAUGAAGUUGUGAUGCAAUUUAAACAAGAUUGGGGACCCGUAACAUCGAUCACAUUCCGCACUGAUAAUCAACCUUUCAUGAUUACGGGCAGCACAAAUGGACACGUUGUCGUCUGGAAUUUAGAAGAAAAAAUCAUAUUUCAUCAAUUCCAAGCACAUACACAAACAAUCGCAAGCGCCGCUUGCAUGACAAACGAACCAUUAUUGUUUACAUCAUCAGCGGAUAAUUCCAUUAAAUUAUGGAUAUUCGAUUUACCUGAUGGAAGAGCACGUCUACUUCGAAUCAGAGAAGGGCAUUCAGCACCACCGCUUUGUAUCAAAUAUUAUGGAGCCAAUGGGAGUAGAAUUCUGUCGUCUGGCGAAGAUUCAUCACUGCGAGCCAUUAGCACAAUAUCGGAAACGUUGAACAAAAGUUUCGGUCAAGCUAGUUACAACAGAAAAGCAUCGAAGAAACGAAAUCGAAUGGAAGAGGAUCCGUUCCAAAUGCCACCUAUAACCGAAUUCACAAGUGAAUGUACGCGUGAAAAGGAAUGGGAUAACAUUGCUGCGAUUCAUGAUGGUUUGGUGAUGGCUACAACAUGGUCGUUUAACAAGCGUAAAAUGGGCGAAUUAAAAUUGGUACCGGAAAAGUAUCAAAAUAAAAAUCGUACCGAUUUCAAGGCCGAAGCAACAUCUAUUUCAUUGACGCAUUGUGGCAAUUUUGUAAUUAUUGGUUAUUCUCCGGGUGAUGUGGAGCGUUUCAAUAUACAAUCUGGCCUCCAUCGUCAAACGUACGGUGGAAAGAAAACGGCGCAUAAGGCGGCCGUCCGUGGUGUGUACAGUGAUUGUUUAAAUCAAAUGGUCAUCAGUGGUGACAGCGAGGGUGUUUUGAAAUUCUGGAACUUCAGUGGUAAAACCAAUGUGGCACAUACAAAACUAGAACUCUCAUCGGGCAUUACAAUGUUUCGCGGUCAUCCAGAGAAUGCGUUGCUCUGCAUUGUAUUGGAUAACUUCACCGUAAACGUAUUGGACUAUGAGACAAAAUCAAUUGUUCGUAAGUUUGCUGGUCAUACGGCACGAAUAACGGAUGCAGCAUUCAGUGCCGAUAGCCGUUGGUUAAUAACAGCCUCAAUGGAUUGUUCAAUUAAAGUAUAUGACAUUCCGUCAGCAUACAUGAUCGAUCACUUUCAAAUGGAAACGGCGUGCAUUUCAUUGUCGGUUUCACCGAGCGGUGAUUUUUUGUCAACUGCUCAUGUCAAUAAGCUUGGCAUUUAUACAUGGGCCAAUAAAUCGUUGUUCUCACAUAUUUCCAUCACAUCAAUCGAUCCAUAUUCAACACCGCCAAAAAUCGAUUUGCCCGACUCAACCGAUACAUCGGUUGAACGUGAUGAAAUCGCCAUCGAUAGUAAACCAGACAUAAAUAAACUAGCAUACCAAUCGCCAGCUCAAAUUAAUGACAAUCUAAUUACAAUGUCUAAUUUGGCCGCAUCACGAUGGCAAAAUCUACUCAAUUUGGAUGUUGUGAAGAAACGAAAUCGACCAAAGGUGUCAAUCACAAAACCAAAACAUGCCAGCUUCUUUUUACCCACUGUGGCCGGAUUGGACUUUCAAUUUGAUCUAUCCGACCAACAGAAAGCGGACACAAGCGAUACAAAGGAAAUAAAACCAUUGGCAUCCAAUCAUUUUUCAAAUCUCACCAAAUUUGGACAUUGCUUGGAUAAUAGCGUUAAAAUAAAUGAAUUUACCAAAUGUAUUCAGCAUAUAUCAUCGCUCGGACCUUCGAUGGUCGAUUUUGAAAUUAAAUCAUUAGAUCCACAUGCUGGUGGUAAUAAUACGGUGAUGCUUCAAUUCAUGAAAAUGAUCCAUUUUAUGCUUAUGUCGAAUGGCAAUUUUGAAUUGGCUCAAAGUUAUUUAGGUUUAUUUUUGAAACAACAUGCACGCUACAUCGUGUCACAGCCAACACUCAAAGACUUUUUGCACAAGAUUGAAAUAGCACAGAACGAAGGAUGGAAGAGAUUGGAAAAUAAGCUCAUUUAUGGCAUCGCUGUCGCAUCUGAAUCACGACUCUAUGCAAAUUGAAUUGUUUUACCAUUUGACAAAUCGACUUUUUUUAUAAAUAUUUUUAAUGAAAUUUAAUAAAAACGAUUUAAAGUUAAAAUAUUACAA